AUGCCAGUCUCCCAUGAAGCAGUGCACAACGUCUUGAACCAUGUUCUACCCCAUAUUGAACGCCACAUUCAAUGUCAGUUGCCAGCCUCAACAACCCUACGACCCUUUAUCCUAGGCUUGACAGGCCUCCAAGGCAGCGGGAAAUCAACAUGGACCGAUGCAAUUGUGAAAGAGCUAAGACAAAGCCACGGCUUCAACACAAUAAACUUGUCACUCGAUGACUUGUACCUUGACCACGACGAUCUUGUCCAACUUCGCACGGCCAAUCCAUCUAACAAACUGGUCCAAACACGAGGCCAGCCGGGAACACAUGACAUGGCCCUUGCGCGCUCUUUCUUCGAAAGCUUAAGCGCCGGCUCGGAGAUCCUUAUCCCGUCAUUUGAUAAGAGCAAGUUCAACGGCGAGGGCGGGAGGACACCCAAAGAGAGCUGGGACCAUGUCCCAGCUGGAACAGCAAUUGACGUUGUUGUUUUUGAAGGCUGGUGCAUUGGAUUCCAGCCACUGCAGGAAACGGCUGUUCGACAACGAUGGGAGGAAGGCUUACAGAAGCAUACUGAAUUGGAAUAUCCAACGAAAACACUGAGAGAUCAUGCGGUUGAACACUUGCUGGAUGUGAACACGCAGCUGCGCGGUUACUGCGAUCUUUUCAUGGGACCGCAACACUUGGAUUUUCUUGUUCAUUUGGAUACCGAUGAUCUGGUAAAUGUUUAUCGGUGGCGGAUGCAGCAGGAGCAUGCUCUCCGCGCGCGGACGAACGAGAGUAUGACGGAUGAACAGGUUGUCCAAUUCGUGAAGAGGUACAUGCCAGCUUAUGAACUGUAUCUUGACCAGUUGAGACGGGGAUUUUUUGGGUUGAGCGCACCCAAUGCCAAUAAUAAGGGCCAGUUGCGAGUUGUUUUAGAUCAGGAUAGGACAGUAGUUGAUAUUGAUUUGUACUAG